UUUGCUAAUGAUCUCCUGCCGAGGUGCCUUGUUCAGCUAAGGAAGGGGGUAUAAAACUUCAACCCACCCGCCCCAGGAUCCGGUUAGUUUGUACUGAGGCUUUAAAGAAAUAUGUUCGCUCAGAUUCGAUACGCUUGGAGUCGUGGAUGUGCAUGGUGGUCCACAGGUAUCCUGUGGGUUCACCGCCUCUGGUUUGACGACGAGGCAUCUGCUACCGAUUGCUUCUGGUGGCUGGAUGUGCUAUUUCUUCUAGGAGGAAUUCGAAGCAGCUCGACAUCAAAAUGGGCCCAAGAGCGCCUCAUUCGUAUCAUUUUCCAGAGUUUGUUCGCUUCGAACAUUAUCGUUUUCUAUCUCCAAUUAGUCGAAGACUGGAAUAGCAAGGAGGAUGCCUCGUUGAUAAUUAUGGAAGUGACGAAGAUCACCGGUAUCAGUAUUUCAUUUCUACGGAUGGUGGCAGCAGCAAUGCUUAUCGAACCGUUCACUACCCUGCGACGUUUUGUGUCAGGAAAUUCGGUAAAUUCCGGAGACGCGCAGUACGAUGAGUGCGAGCGAAACAAAUUCAACAGGUUUGCUCGAACAGCCAUGACGCUCAUCGUUAUGUGGAUAACUACGGACACAAUUCUGUUUGCGAUUCCAAGCUCAACCAAGGACGAGUUGUUCAAGUUUCCGCUCAUGUUGAGCGCGAUCGGAGAAACAGCUUCGAGGAUUCUGAACAUCGUGUUGGUUAGCUGCAUACCUGCGUGUGUAUUUCCCAAAACUGCCGGUUGUACUGCUUACAUUGCCGUUCUACUGAAGGGUAUGCGAAUGAAACUACGCAUGUUGGCUCAUCGCUUCGAGAGAAUUACGGGGCAAUCCGCCUUAUGCGAAGACAAGUAUUUUGAUCACGUUAAUUGGGAAGUUCGGCACGCUCUUCUCCAACAUCUGGAAUAUUGGAAAUAUUUGGAUAUACUGAAGGAUUUAGUCGGAAAAGUGUUUCUGUUGGUGCAUUAUUUCUCUAUAUUUGCCAUUGGAGCAAUGUUCUACGUGUGUCGAGAAGUUCGAAUAAGUUUCAUGACUGUGAUAUACAUAGCUGGUCUGGCGUUCUCUCUAUCGGAGUACUUUCUGCUGUGCUAUCUGAUUGAUUCUUUGCAGGACGAGGCGGACUCUCUGGAACAGCAUAUCUUCGAAAUUUGUGCCCUGGUUCCCUUCAGACCGGAACGGCGUUCGGAGUAUGUCCAAUGGCGAACCACACUGAUGACCAUCUGGAUCAACACUCGCAACGGAAUGUCCAUGUGGUGCAGCGGAUUGUUUGAAAUAAACACGUCGCAAUUUGUUGCAGUGCUGAACAUUGCCUACUCAAUGUUGACGUUUCUGCUUCAAAUGGGUUGAUGGCGGUCUACUGGUGUUCAAAUUUGAGGGUUGUUUUUACCGAACAGUUUGGGUCGAAGAGUCUCUGAUUUUUUAUGAAAAUUUCACCAGAGGUCACGGAUAUAUGAUCAUAAGAUGAUUAUAUUAUAUGGAAUUGAAAAAAAAAAUCAUAGUUGGCUAUUUUCUCGGAAAACGCUAGAU